UUGUCCAAAAGCUGUUGGAUGGGAGAAAAACCAAAAAGGAGGCAUGGGUCCAAGAAUGGUGAAUCUGAGCGAAUGUAUGGAUCCUAAAAGGUUAGCUGAGUCGUCUGUGGAUCUUAAUCUUAAAUUGAUGUGCUGGCGGUUGGUGCCUACGCUUGACCUGGAGAAGGUUGUGUCUUCUAAGUGUCUGCUGCUAGGAGCUGGUACGCUGGGUUGUUGUGUAGCCAGAACCUUAAUGGGAUGGGGAGUCAGACAGAUCACAUUUGUGGACAAUGCAAAAAUCUCCUAUUCCAACCCUGUACGGCAGCCUUUAUAUGAGUUUGAAGAUUGUCUCGGUGGUGGGAAGCCCAAGGCACUUGCGGCAGCAGACAGACUGCAAAAAAUAUUUCCAGGAGUGAAUGCAGAAGGAUUUAACAUGAGCAUCCCCAUGCCAGGUCACCCUGUGAAUUUUUCUGAAGUCACAAUGGAACAGGCUCAAAAGGAUGUGGCAGAGCUUGAACGACUCAUUGAUGCUCAUGAUAUUAUUUUCCUGUUAAUGGACACUAGGGAAAGUCGAUGGCUUCCUGCUGUCAUUGCAGCCAGCAAGAGGAAGCUGGUCAUCAAUGCUGCAUUGGGAUUUGACACAUUUGUUGUGAUGAGACAUGGACUAAAGAAACCAAAGCAGCAGGAGUCUGGUGAUUCAUGUUCCAGCAAUGCCUCUGGCUCUGCUGAUCUCCUGGGAUCAUCGCUCUUUUCAAACAUCCCUGGCUAUAAACUUGGCUGCUACUUCUGCAAUGAUGUUGUGGCACCGGGGGAUUCCACCAGGGAUCGGACAUUGGAUCAGCAGUGCACAGUCAGUCGACCAGGAUUAGCCAUGAUAGCUGGAGCCCUUGCAGUAGAGCUAAUGGCUUCUGUUUUGCAGCAUCCAGAAGGUGGUUAUGCUGUUGCUAGCAGUAGUGAUGACAGAAUGAAUGAACCACCUACCUCUCUUGGGCUUGUGCCUCAUCAGAUUCGUGGCUUUUUAUCAAGAUUUGAUAAUGUCCUUCCUGUCAGCCUUGCAUUUGACAAGUGCACAGCUUGCUCUCCCAAAGUCCUUGACCAGUAUGAGCGAGAGGGGUUUAAUUUCCUUGCAAAAGUUUUUAAUUCCUCACAUUCCUUCUUAGAAGACCUAACAGGUCUGACUUUAUUACAUCAGGAAACUCAAGAUGCUGAGAAGGAAAGGGGGGAACCCAAAGAGAGACAAAGGAUUCCCACCUUGUGCCAAAGCCAUAAAAGGGGAUGGAACAGAACAAAGGAGGUCCCAGUCAUGUGUGAAAUCACCUGCUUUUCACCUAAGAUGCCUGCUGGAAUUAACAAGGCCUGUACCGGGGAAAGGAUUGGGCCCAAACUAGGAAGGAGUCUAGUCUGUGAAAGAAGCUUAUUGGAACAUCUCUGAGGAUUUGGGACAUGAGUGAUGAUGAAACAGUCUGAAAGCCAAAUGAAUGAAGUGGAAGAUGACCUGCUUUAGGCUUCAGUGAUGUCUUUUAUCCGUCAUUUGACAAGUUAAUGAUUGCUUACACAUUUUGACUUACAAAUAUAAUCUACAUCUGUGCUAUGAAUGGGACAUUAUCUUGAACUAAAAUAAUAGUUCUACUGUGGAUGUAAUUCUCCCCUGCUUUUCAUUUUUAUCCUAUGCAUGAGAUAACACUCUUGCUAGAGCAAUGUGUUUGUUUAAAUCCCCUUUCUAUUUUUUUUCUGUUUCUAAACAUAGCUUACAUAUGAAAUAUGCCACUUUAAAUAGCCUUUGGAGUUUUCAUUUGUCCCAGUUUUCAUUUUACUUGUCAAUAGAUAUGCCUAAAUAUCAUUGUAUUUUUCAUGUUUCAAUGAUUUGUCACAUUUUAUAAGUAUUUAAUAUUCAGGCUAUAAGAAAAUGCCCCUAUAGAUGGGAAUUAAAUCACAUUGUUAUUUAAGGGAGUGGGGGAAAGAUAACCAAACAUCCACCUGCACAGUUUUACUGUGUUAGAUCAUGUUGUAACAUAUUAGCCCCCCUCCUUAUUAUAAUGCAGUUGGUCUUGCCUGUGCAGAUGGGAACAGACAAAGCUUCAGAAUCUUAUUAGAGUCAUAUAAAAGACUUGAGCUGUAGCAUGGUUCCACACUGUGGAUAAAGUAUCAUUUGACAUUGCCUACCUAGUGAAGAUCAAACCAUGUUUAUAUCCUGAUUGGGGGCUAUGAUGCUUACAGCAAGAUCCAUUACACAGUAAAAAUUGCUUUGAAGGUAGGCCCUUAGCUAGAUAAAAGUGUAUAGUGUAAUUGAGAAAUGUAUCUAAGGCUGUGGUUCUCCAGCUUUGUCAUUCUUAAAUCCCACCACCUAGCAUGUUCAUGGACAUCAAAACAGUCCUAACCCUAAUCUCCCAUUGGAGGCAUUUGAAAUGUUUCGUUCUUGCUGGUGCACAAAACCAUAGUUUGAGAACCACAGAGAAAAAGGAUAAUUUAUGAAACUCAAAAUUUUAAAAAAUCAAAUGUAUUACUACCCUAAAUGUAAAGAGAAAUAUAUCUAUUGUUUUGCAUCUUGAAAUAACUAAAAACAAAAAAAAAUGUUUUAAGCCUC